UGGUCACGUUCGAAAGUGCAUGGGCAUUUGAAGGGAAAGCGCAUCCUCGCACUUCGGGAAAUUUCGGUAACCCACCGCGAACUGUUCGGGGAACCGGGGGCCACGACUGUUUACGAUUUGCGCCUACGAAACCGCACGAAAUUGGUUGGCCACUUCACUAUUGCGCGAUCAUGGCGAGUAAACUAGCAAAGCUGGAGCAAGACACGAUAACAAACUCCCUGGAGAUCGUGCACCACAAGGUCCGGCUGCUGAUGGAGGUGUGGAAGAUGUUCUUCGACGAGAUCUGCUACCUGGACUAUCUGACCUCGCUCCCGUCCAGCAUCGAACAGUUUCUGGGCGAGAUCUACUGCCUCACGAUGAACUUUUGCGUCCGCAAGACGCAGCGCAUCCGGGAGCUGCAGACGAAAAUGUUCGAGCUGCGGCGGGUGCUGAGCGUGGGCAGCGACGAUCCGGACGAUGACUGGGAGCGGGGCCACAUGUCGCUCGAUCGGAAGCUGACGCAGCUGCAGCAGCGCAUCAACACGCUCACCCAGCAGCUGAACGAGCGCAAGCUGCUGAUGGAGGAGUACACGCGCGAGGAAAUCCAGCUGCUGAGCGAUCUUGGCGAGGCCGCACCGCCCCACGAACCGCUGUGCGCCAAUCCGGACACGGGCGUAUUGCCGGACGCGCAAAAGAUGGCCCAGUUUGCGGACUACCUGAGCCGGUUGCGCGCCGAGAAGGUGAAGCGCAUCGUGACGCGUGACAAGCUGCAGUCGGAGAUCCGCAAGAAAGCCCAGCUGCUCGACUGGGUGCCGCGCAAGGACCGCCACCGGCAACUGAUCAACGAGCAGACGCUGAUCCCGUCGCUUAGCAACCUGAACGAGCUGCAGCAUCUUGACUUUGUGUUGUCGGGGCUGCUGGAGCGCAAGCAGCAGCAGGAACAGCAGCAGCAACAUCAGCAAACGCAACAGAACGCAAAGCCGCUGCCAGCAAAGAAAGGCAAAAAGCAGCAACAGCACCAGCAGCAAGAAGGUCAGAAAAUCGAACAGAACAAAGAGGAAAACCCACUGCCAGCUGAUGGGAAGGAGCUGGACCAAGCACAACAGAAACAACAGCCACCGUUACCUUCCGCAACAGCGACGAAUCAUGCUACUGCAUCGAACAGCGGUACACCGUCACCACCACCGCCACCACCAUCACCCGCGUCGGAAGUUGACCUAUCGGCAGCCGGCACCAGCACGACCACACCCGGCGGUACCACGGCCUCGAGCACGGCCAGCGCCCCUGCCGCCACCGGGCUGUUCGAGCAAACGAUCGAAACGUACAUGCGCGUCGAGGCGGUGUUGGGCCGACCGGCCGACCGGGACAAAAUCAUCGAAGAAAUAUUCAGCCGCUUCCGGGCGAGCAUCAACGUGUGGUGGGAGCGGUGCCUGAUCCUGCCGAAUGAGCGGCAACAGUGCAAGGUGCUGUACACGGACCAGCUCGACGAGGACGCGUUCGUGGCGCACAUCGAGCAGCAGAAGCUGCUCCAGAGCUACUACCACGAGAACGAGGCCAUCUUUCGGCUGAUCUACCAGUGGGCGGACCAGUGGAACCGGGCGGUGCAGCUGCAGCGCGAGCAAACGGCGGCCGAGGAGCUAGCGGUGGUGAACGAACGGCUGGCGGCGAUCCGGAAGCAGCUGGAGAGCAAGUGCCGGGAGUUUGAGCAGCGGUGUCAGGUAAAGUUCACCAUGUACGGGAUGCCGGUCAUGCAGGUGCUGCAGCGGUGCCAGGCGAAGGGCGAGAAGCUGAAGCUCCCGGACAGCUGCAAGGUGAAGCAGGCGCCAGCACCGCCACGCACCGCCACGACGAAAGCUGCCGCCAGUGCCGCCCGCCAGCAGCUAUCGCCCGAGACGGCGGUGGAGCUUAGCACGAUGCUGAAGGAUUUGCUGUCGGAGCAGCAGCAGCAGCAUCUGCUGGGAGGGCCGAUCGGGUCGGACGAAUCCAACCACGGUACGGAUGAGUGGCAGCAGCAGCAGCAGCAGGCGGAUGGCGAUGACGCUGUAGUCGACGAAGAUGAAGACGACGAUGAGGAUGAGGAUGAUGACGACGAUGAGGAGGAGGAGGAGGAGGAGGACGAUGAUGACGAGGAGGAAGAGGAGGAUGAUGAUGAUGAUGAAGAGGAUGACGAUGCCGAUGGUAGCAGCAGCAGCAGUGACGAUGGUGGCGAGGUGAACCAGAAGCGAGAUGACGAGCUGCUGGAGGAAGCGUUCGCCUCGGCAACAGCGGCAGUCACGACCAAAACCCGUAUGCAUUCCGUAAACGGACACCCGGCAGCAUCCUGAAGGCGCGGAGGCGCACGGUACUACUACUACUACUACCAGGCCAGUUUGAAGCGUACCAACCAACCAUAUUUACGCAUAAAGAGCUAAAACCAGUUGAAAGGGUCCGGACCAUCAUCAUCAGCAUCAUCAUCAUCCUCGAUGCGGAAUUGCGCAUUCCGUUCGAUUGGGGGGUUUUAGGAUUUUAGUGAAUUCACGGCGUGUGCGCGCGCGCGCGCCAUCCUAGCAAGAGAGAAACCGAGUGCCUUUUUUGAUCCAUCUUAAGUUCCUCCGCUUUCCUUCAAACGUUGCAUGAUGUUGCACUGUAAGUGUAAGUAAGGGACCCCCCUCCGUUGAAGUUGAUUAUAUCCCCCCCUUCUAUGUAUAGACUUGUUAGGCGCAUUUUCCUCCCUUUGAUACCUGGUGGCGUGUUCUACUAGUACGCAAAGUUAUGCGCACUACUACUACUAUUACUUUCUUUUCUGCUUUUUCUUUUGUUGUUGAAUCACACAACACACUUGUAUAGAUAUAUAAGCCGCGCCGCGGAUGGAAUUUUAUCGUUAGCCAUCAUCGUUAGCCACCACAACACUCUCCGUUGUCCUGCUGCUCCUCGGCUCCUCCUCCUCCUCCUCUUCUAACCCCGUUUCAUCAGCUCCAUGCGUUCAUGUUUACAGCGUUUACUGCGAGCCGCUAACUCUAACACUCCCUCUGCGCGCCGCACUGCACGCAAACGCACGAACGCCGUUAACAAUUUACCAAAUAAAAUAAAAACUUUAAUGCUUUAUAAUGUUGCAGCCGAAAGUGA